AUGUCCACAGACGGACGUAUUAACAGCGACGGUCUAAACUUCAAUGCGUCCACAGACGGACGUAUUAACAGUGACGGUCUAAACUUCAAUGUGUCCACAGACGGACAUGUGGACAAUGACCGUCGAAACUUCAAUGUGUCAACAGACGGACGUAUUAAUAGUGACGGUCUAAACUUCAAUAUGUCCACAUACGGACGCAUUAAAAGUGACGGUCUAAACUUCAAUGUGUCCACAGACGGACAUGUGGACAGUGACGGUCUUAACUUCAAUGUGUCCACAGACGGACGUAUUAACAGCGACAGUUUAAACUUCAAUGUGUCCACAGACGGACGUAUUAAUAGUGACGGUCUAAACUUUAAUGUGUCCACAGACGGACAUGUGGACAAUGACCGUCGAAACUUCAAUGUGUCAACAGACGGACGUAUUAAUAGUGACGGUCUAAACUUCAAUAUGUCCACAUACGGACGCAUUAAAAGUGACGGUCUAAACUUCAAUGUGUCCACAGACGGACGUAUUAAUAGUGACGGUCUAAACUUCAAUAUGUCCACAUACGGACGCAUUAAAAGUGACGGUCUAAACUUCAAUGUGUCCACAGACGGACGUAUUAAUAGUGACGGUCUAAACUUCAAUGUGUCCACAGACGGACGUGUUAACAGUGACAGUCUAAACUUCAAUGUGUCCACAGACGGACGUAUUAACAGUGACAGUCUAAACUUCAAUGUGUCCACAGACGGACGUAUUAAUAGUGACGGUCUUAACUUCAAUGUGUCCACAGACGGACGUAUUAAUAGUGACGGUCUAAACUUCAAUGUGUCCACAGACGGACGUAUUAACAGUGACAGUCUAAACUUCAAUGUGUCCACAGACGGACGUAUUAAUAGUGACGGUCUUAACUUCAAUGUGUCCACAGACGGACGUAUUAAUAGUGACGGUCUAAACUUCAAUGUGUCCACAGACGGACGUAUUAAUAGUGACGGUCUAAACUUCAAUGUGUCCACAGACGGACGUAUUAACAGUGACAGUCUAAACUUCAAUGUGUUCACAGACGGACGUAUUAACAGUGACAGUCUAAACUUCAAUGUGUCCACAGACGGACGUAUUAAUAGUGACGGUCUAAACUUCAAUGUGUCCACAGACGGACGUAUUAAUAGUGACGGUCUAAACUUCAAUGUGUCCACAGACGGACGUAUUAAUAGUGACGGUCUAAACUUCAAUGUGUCCACAGACGGAUGUAUUAACAGUGACAGUCUAAACUUCAAUGUGUCCACAGACGGACGUAUUAACAGUGACCGUCUAAACUUCAAUGUGUUCACAGACGGACGUAUUAACAGUGACAGUCUAAACUUCAAUGUGUCCACAGACGGACGUAUUAAUAGUGACGGUCUAAACUUCAAUGUGUCCACAGACGGACGUAUUAACAGUGACAGUCUAAACUUCAAUGUGUCCACAGACGGACGUAUUAAUAGUGACGGUCUAAACUUCAAUGUGUCCACAGACGGACGUAUUAAUAGUGACGGUCUAAACUUCAAUGUGUCCACAGACGGACGUAUUAAUAGUGACGGUCUAAACUUCAAUGUGUCCACAGACGUAUGUAUUAACAGUGACAGUCUAAACUUCAAUGUGUCCACAGACGGACGUAUUAAUAGUGACGGUCUAAACUUCAAUGUGUCCACAGACGGACGUAUUAAUAGUGACGGUAUACAUGGGAAAAUAAUCAACGUUAAAGGGACACAUACUUAA